UCUGUGAAAUAUUUAUGGGCAUUCAGACCGCCAAUGAACGGUUGGCUCGAAAGUUUCAAAAGCUUCAGUGUUGACAGUUCUUUUAACUAGAUGAAAUCAAUGAAAAAUUAAAGGCUGCCCAACAAUAAAUCUUCGAAGCCGGUGGCAACUUGCGAAAAAAUUACAGAUUGAAAACAGAAUCGUAAUUGCCAUCAUGGAGUCCAAUCUUACAAUGCCAGAAAACGUUGUUCCAAAGCCAAAUGUGAACUCCUUUUUCAAUUCUGCUCCUUUUCAUCCACACCCGUUUCACCAUUGUUUCCCACACAAUUGUUGCCCUUCGUACCAUUGGGUAUACCCUUCAUUCACAUGCGGUCAUGCCCAUCCAAGUUGCCCCAAUUGUUUUAAACUAUUUGUUCCAGAGCACACUAAAAUAAAUGAAUCUUUGACUGCCGAGAAGGUGCCACAUAUGUGUCCACCUCAUUCAAAUGCUUCAGCAAGAUCAUUACCUAAGAGCUCAACAGCAGCUGGCCAGUAUCCUGCUGUUCAACCUCCUGGUUUUUGUCGGCCAUUUUAUCCCCAUAGGACACCCAUAUAUCCUCAUCAUCAUUUCUGUAGCUGCAGAGUACAUGGUUGCUGGCAGCAUCCUUGUUUGUCGCCAACGAGAUCUUUUCCUCCAUUUCCUUUAUGUUCCAUGCCUCGACCAGUUCCUCUCUUCUCCUCCAUGCCACAUGUCUGCCCUGUAAACUCUGGUUAUAAUGGAUCUGAUUUGAAGCCUGCGCCAACAUUUUCAGGAAGUGUUGCCGGCGAACCAAUAUCUUCACAUAUGGGCACCGAAUGUGAAAAUUGGAAUGAAAAUGGUACAAUGGAAAAUGCAUAUGAGAUACAGGAGGAAGAGGAUGAGCCCACGUUUGUUUUGACAGAUGAAUGGGUGGAGUUUUUUGCCAAAUCCGAGGCUAGGAGACAACAAAAAAAAAAACAACAACAGAAGGAGGCAAAGAAAAUGCGCAAAGCCGAGAGAUUGGCAUCGAAGAAGCAUGACGAUGAAGUUGAAAUUGCGGACUCCUUCGUACAUGCACCCAAAGACGGGAACACAUCUACCAUUGAUUAGAUAGCAGAUAAUAGUGAUGUUAUAUUGUGGCCAAUGUCAAUAGCUUCAUAUAAAAAGGCCAAAUUCACAGAAUAUAGUUAAAGUUUUGGGAACAUAUUCUCUGAAAGUAGCUCUUGGUAUGUUCCUCUCCUUCUCUCUCUGUCCAGAGACCAAGGCACCAUCUGAAUAUAUUCUUUGUGUCAUGAAUUUGUAUAUUGGUUUUGCUAAGUUUGUAUCUUCCUUGUGUCAAGUACAUUUCUUAUCUGUUUAUGAGGCCAUCACUUCUUGUAGAGACAGUUGUUUUGGCUUGUGAUGAUAUGUUCAUCCAGCAUAGUAUUUUAUGUCUUUCUUCACAAGAAUAGUGUACAAUUAUUAAAUGUAUAUUCCAUUCAUAAUUGAGUUCAUGCACACGUUUUUAUUGCUGCAUGCUCUUUGUA